GAAGCAGAACUAACACUUGAAAUUUGAUUUUAGUGUACAAUCAAAUCAAUUGAACUUUUGAUAUUACAAUUUUUUAUGCCUGACGCGAAUACGUGUUACAGUAUGUGUCCGUGCGUGCUUGUAUGUGUGUGUACGUGUGUUGGUAUUUAAAAAAGUUUGUACCUUUAAGGUAUUCUUGUAAAUAGAAACUUUGGUAUUUUAUACUCUAGUUAAGGUCUUUUAAAUUUCACAUGCAAUGUGUAGUGAUCUAUGAAGACUUGAUUGUUUAACAAUAGGAUAUACUUUUCAAAGCAGUUUUGAUGAAUACCAACAAACUUGUCGACAGUAUCAAAAUAAAAAUUGUAAAUAAUCAAAAUGUUGGUGUGUAUGGUGGUUUAGUGUAUUGAUAUAGUGAAUCUGCAAGAGCAUUAAAGCUCCGACGUUUCCAAGAACGUUUUUAACCUUCGUGUAUGAUUGCCAAGCAUUUCCAAAUUAACCUCUAGUGGUCACACUGGUCAACAACAAAAAUAAAACAGCUGUUUCGUAACUGUUGGUAACGCUGGCACUUUAAGCAGCGCCGUCAACUAUAUUAUAAACUCUCGUAACUUAUAAACUGAACAAAUUGCAAAAUGCAAAGACAAAUAGUUAAUGUGCUCGGAAAUGUGACGCGACAGGUGCGUAGCAAUCAGCGUGCAUUCUCAGUGACGCCGAAGAAAAGGGAAAUCUUCAAAGUACAGAGCUCAGAGGACUUUGACAAGAAGGUGAAGAACAGUCAGGAGCCCGUGAUAGUGGACUUUUUUGCAACUUGGUGCAAUCCUUGCAAGCUUCUAACGCCGCGCAUCGAGACCAUUGUGGGCGAACAGGCGGGCUCCAUUAAACUGGCAAAAGUGGACAUUGACGAACACAGUGAGCUAGCGCUGGAUUACGAUGUGGGUGCCGUUCCCGUGCUCAUGGUUAUGCAGAACGGCAAAGAAGUGCAACGCAUGGUCGGACUCCAGGAUGAGGACAAGAUACGCGCCUGGGUAGCCACGGCGGUUAAAAAUGCGAAGCAAUAGAAGAGCUCCCUUCGGCAUCAUAAUUGUUUCUAAGCUUUAAACUUGUUUUACUCAGCCAAUAUGGGUUUUUCAAAAUAAAUGUUAUUAUUCGUUGCAAACAACUUAA